GUUUGAUUUCUACUGUGCUGCAAUUUACAUCUGAGAAUUAUCAAAAAAUUAAGAAAAAAUGGGCUUGACUAAGUUCCUGUCGUCUCGUCUCGUUGGUAAAAGACUGCAAAUUAAGAAUUUUGCAUGCUUCUCAACAUCACCAUUACUAGCACAGGAGGAACGUGGAAAGAAAACGUCAUUGUAUGAUUUUCAUGUUUCACAAGGAGGAAAAAUUGUCAAUUUUGCCGGAUACUUGUUGCCUGUUCAAUAUUCUGAUCAAGGAAUUGCCGCGUCGCAUGUGCACACACGAACACCUGGAUGUGCUUCAAUAUUCGAUGUAUCUCAUAUGCUGCAAACUCACAUAACAGGCAAACAUGCAAUCGAAUGUUUUGAAACUAUAACAACAGCUGACAUUCAAGGAUUACAAAAAGGAUCUGGUUCCCUGACAGUUUUUACAAAUAAGAAUGGUGGAAUACUUGAUGACUUGAUUGUUAGUCAAGUUGAUUCCGAUUUUCUUUAUGUUGUUUCAAAUGCAGCACGUAAGGAACAUGAUAGUCAAUUGAUACAAGAGACUGUUGAGCACUUCCGUACUAAAAAGAAUAAGGAUGUAAAUGUUCAAUUCUUUGAUCCAUCUGAAAAAGCAUUACUUGCAUUACAAGGUCCGGGAUCACAGCUUGCUCUACAAAGUUUGACAAAAAUGAAUUUAAGUAAAUUGUACUUCAUGACCACAACAGAAGCUAUAGUUGCGGGUGUUAAGAAUUGUCGCAUUACAAGAUGUGGAUAUACUGGUGAAGACGGAUUUGAAAUCUCAAUUCCAGCAGAAAGUGGAAGUGCUGUUGCGGCUGCAUUGCUUGAAUCUAAAUCAGCUAAUAUUAAAAUGGCUGGACUCGGUGCAAGAGAUUCAUUGAGACUUGAAGCUGGUAUGUGUCUUUAUGGAAGUGAUAUUGACACAACAACAACUCCAAUUGAGGCUGCACUUGCAUGGCUAGUUGCUAAAAGACGAAGAACUGAACGUGACUUCUUAGGUGCAGAUGUAAUCCUCAAUCAGCUUAAAAAUGGAGUAACUAGAAGACGUGUUGGAAUUAGAAUGAUAUCAGGACCUCCUGCACGUCAUGGUGUAUCAAUCUAUGCAAAUGGUGAAUUAAUUGGUGAGAUUACAAGUGGCUGUCCAAGUCCAUCAAUCGCUGGAAAUGUAGCAAUGGGUUAUGUGAAGGAAGAAUUCAAGAAACUCGGCACAGUUGUAGAUCUUAAAAUUCGUGACAAAUUCUUUAAAGCAGAAAUUUCCAAAAUGCCAUUUGUUAAGCCAAAUUAUUAUCAAAAACCAAAGGAAUGAGUAUCCAUAAAUAUGUCAAGAAACUUUUUUAGGAUAAGAAUAUUUUUCAAUAACGAUUUUAUGCUCAUUAAACUUCAUCAACUUACUUUCUAUUCAGUUUCUCCCCCCUUUUUAUAGCUACUCUAUUACACUUUUGCUUUUAAUUAAAAUAAAUUAGUUUGUAGAAAUUUUUACUCUCAAUUGGAUACUUAUUUAGUAAGAAUAUGAAAAUGAAAUGGAAAGGAACUGAAAAUCUAUCAAGAGGAAUUUAAACUGGAAAUUUCUUGAAAAUAAAGAAGAUUUUUUUUUUUUGGUAGUUUUAAAAGAAA